UUUUUCCUUUUCUGAUUUUUGGAAAACGCUUAUCACUAUGUCGGAAACGGCGCCUGUUGCAGCUCCUGCUGUCUCCGCUCCUGGGGCAAAAACUUCCGCUAAAAAACCGAAGAAGACGCCAGCUACUUCUAAAGCCCGUAAGCCUCCAGGUCCCAGCGUGACCGAGCUGAUCACCAAGGCGGUGUCCGCUUCCAAGGAGCGCAAAGGGGUCUCGCUGGCAGCUGUUAAGAAGGCUCUGGCCGCCGGAGGGUACGAUGUAGAGAAAAGCAACAGCCGCAUCAAGCUGGGGCUCAAGAGCCUGGUGAGCAAGGGCACCUUGGUGCAGACUAAAGGCACCGGCGCAUCGGGCUCCUUCAAACUCAAUAAGAAGCCUGGCGAGACCAAGGAAAAGGCACCGAAGAAAAAGCCAGCGGCAAAGCCUAAGAAACCAGCUGCCAAGAAACCCGCCAGCGCCGCCAAGAAACCCAAAAAGGCUGCGGCCGUGAAAAAGAGCCCGAAGAAAGCCAAGAAACCAGCAGCUGCCGCAGCUAAAAAAACGGCCAAGAGCCCGAAAAAGGUGAAAGCCGCCAAGCCUAAGAAGGCAGCUAAGAGCCCGGCUAAGGCCAAAGCGGUGAAGCCUAAGGCGGCUAAGCCCAAACCGACGAAGCCUAAAGCGACGAAGGCUAAGAAGCCAGCGCCCAAGAAGAAGUAAACGGGCUAGAAAGAAUGUCAUGCAGAGAAAGCCAACGGCUCUUUUAAGAGCCACCCACCCUUUCCCAGAGGAGCUGAAACACCAGGUUCGCUUAAAUAACCUCGUGCUGCUUUUCAUGAAGCGCCCAACUUUCAGAAACGAAAGUAAUAGAAAAUAGGGAGACAAAAUUAGAAUCAGUUUUGUACAUUUUCCUUCGCCCGCGACAAGAAAUAACAAUAUCAGUUCUUUAAAAUGCGGGACGUUAAUUCAUCUAUAUUCGAGCUGGGUGUAUUAAAAUCGAUCCAGAGCAUCAGCCCAAAUUCACGAUCACUAGCAGGCAAAUUCUUCCCUUAUCCACCCAGCAGAAAACAACAACAACCCCAAACGGAGGGGAACGAGCUUUAGCAAUCAUGCUUAUUGUGUAAAAGGAGGGGGAAGGUGGCCAUUCCUUGCACAUGAGCUUCGGUCCAGACAGGAUUUAUUGUCUAGUAGGAGGGGCGAGUGAGGACUGCGUGUGAGGGCAAACUGCGUGACCUAGACACACACACACACACUUUUCUGCCUAGCUGGCAGUGGUGGGAUCAGGAUUAAUCCCGUUGGUGAGUUUGAAAAGCCCGCGCUUUGCAAGGAUUGGCCUGUGGCAACUCGUUCCCGCUUCUCUUAUUGGAGGUAGGGAGAGUCACUGUUAAAUCCAUAGGUCCCCAUGUAAGAUGGUGAGUUGUGUGUGGAGUACUGUCAAUUUACCAAGUACAAAAUACCUUACACGGGGAUUUUUGUUUAUCUUCAAAUCAGAUAUGUCGGGCACUUGGAAACUUUUAUUCUCUGAAAGUGGAGCACUAAUAAUGGGGAAUGGGGGGGAAGAAGCAUUUUUCAUUGUUCUCCCUUUUUCAUUGAUUAAUACCUGUUCUGUUCAUACUCUCCUCCAUCGCCACCUCUGCUUUCUAUCUUUGUUUCUCUCCCGGGCUGUGCUUUCAGUCUUUUACCCAAUUCUCUAGAAAUCACAUCCUUACUGAUGCUUCUCAGAAUGACCUUCACUCGAAUACAUUAGGAAUUCCCUAAGGGUUGGGAAGGACAUUUAGAUCUAGUGUAAACCUCUGCCAGUUGUUCCAACUGAUAACCGUUGAGAUUUCUAUCCCGUAUAUGGACCUGCCAUUAGAGAAGAAGGAAACACAUUUGUUCCAGAGGGUUUUACAGAUAUUUUCUUACAACACAAGAAUGUUGAGAUUCCGGAAUCCUAGGUUUUAUUCCAGACUCUAGA